CGUGCAGCACUGUGGGCCAAGUGUAGUAUAGGUUAGGUUAGUCGCGUCACUGCCACUGCCAUUUCGUCACCAUGGUGUUGGACACUGCUCACCGCAUUACGUUUACUAGACAGUCUAGCAGCCGGCUUGUGUGUAGCCUGGUAUUAGUGCUGGGGGUCAUCGCUGUCACUUCCAGCACGACAUGGAUGGUGUUGAGUUUAGCUGGUGUAGGGGUCGGUGCCGCUUCAAACCAGCAGACCGUCAUUAUAGAUACCGACCCAGGGAUUGAUGACGCUGUGGCUAUCUUCACUGCCCUCGGCGACCCUAAUAUCAAGGUCAUGGCCAUCACCUGCGCCCGGGGUAACGCCGAUGUUCAUCAGGUUGUCGUAAACACUCUGAAGCUGCUCAGUGUAUCUAUGAAUACGAAUAUCCCAGUAUAUACAGGAAGUAAUUCUGGUCUCAUUGACUCACCCCAUAGUGAUGAAUAUUUCGGGAAGGAUGGGCUCGGAGAUGUGCCGUAUUCCAAUCCUCCUUCAGCAUCCAAUGCUCAGAAAGAACACGCUGCCUCAUUUCUUGCUCGAACUGUCAGUGAAUAUCCAGGGGAAAUAACAGUAAUAUGCCUUGGCCCUUUGACCAAUAUAGCACUGGCUAUCAACCUAAACCCUCAGUUCCUACUGCAAGCUCGCAGAGUGGUCAUUCUAGGAGGGAGCAUUAAAGGUCAAGGAAAUGCAGCUCCAGGAGUAGAGUUUAAUUUCUACAUGGAUCCUGAUGCUGCUUCCAUUGUAUUGAACAGAGCUUCAGUCUCAGGAGCGCCGGUCACUCUGUUGCCCAUGGAGACCGUUAUUGAGAAUGAACUUACUCAGUUCUGGAGGUGGAAUGUGUUAGCGAAGCUGAAUAACUUAGUGGUGAGCUUCAUGAACAAAAUGGAAACUUCCCAACUCUCGAGGCACCCUUCAAAAGUAUACACUCCCUACGAUUCGUACGCUGUUGCCGUGGUCCUCUGCCCGGGCUUUGUAACACACUCCCAGCAAUUGUAUGGGUUUGUAGAGAACCGCAGUGAAAGGACUAGAGGUGCUUUAGUCUUAGACUACAUGAACCUGACGAGCAGUCCAGCAAAUAUACAAGUGGUGACAGAAGUGAACACGACAUUGAUGAAAACCUGGAUGUAUGCAGAUUUAUCCAAUUUCAAAAGAUGAAAUUUCAGUCCAUUGAGGGACCAAGUAUUAAUUCAUCAGUAUUAAAAAUUCUAUCCCUUGUGAUAGCAAGCAUAUCUGUUGUUUAAAUUGUUUUGUAAUGUCUGUGACAAUGCAUAAUUUUUAAGACAUUUUUUAUAUUUCCCAACAAUGUUUAUUAGUGUGGUACUUAUGUGUUAAAAAGGAUUCACUAAGAAGAUAUACUAGGAGUAUUAAGCUGUAACAGCCUUGAGUAGCCAUAUGGACAAGGCAAUGUAUACAGUACAGUAUUAACAAUGGGUGUGACAUUCACACUUAAAAAAACAGGCUGAUGGUGGUUAAUUAACCUACCUCCGGUCUUUCAACUAGCAUAUAUUACAUCAACUAUGUAAACUUUU